GAGGCCGAGAGCAGCAGAGCACCACCAGCACGCCCACUUGCCUGUGAUUACUUUGCUGCCAGAGCCAGAGAGGGGAGAGAGGCGGUCUUGGCCCUGCCCCCGUUCUUAUCCCCACCUCGUGCCUCCCCUCCUCCCCCCUUCCCCUUUCUCCUCCUCCUCCCUCCCUCGUGCCCGCUUCGCUCUCGACUCGCCUCGCCCCUCCGUCUCGUCUCCAAGGUCAUGGCAAAGCUGGAACACGGGGGGAAAUAGCAAGUGGGAGAUAAACAGGAAGACCGAGCUAGAAAGGGGAAAAAAGAUGCGACUUUACGUGCUUGUUCCAGUGAACCGGCAUAUGAGAAGCGGUUAUUUGGUGGAAGUAUUUAUGGGCAUCCGUUUUCAUGCUUGAAUUCCUUCGUCCACAAGUGAUUACUACAAGUAGCAGUACAAGGAAGAGAGUCAAUCUGCCCGUGACCUCGAGUGAAUUAGUUGGGUGUGGAGUUUGUUGAGGUCACGAUGAUGGGAGGCGGGCUGAUGAUGGAUCAGAGCGUGGUGUUCCCUGGCGUCCACAACUUCGUGGAUCUCCUUCAGCAAAACGGUGACAAGAACCUUGGCUUCGGGUCGCUGAUGCCGCAGACGUCCUCCGGCGACCAGUGCGUGAUGGGGGAGGGUGAUCUUGUGGACCCGCCGCCGGAGAGCUUCCCGGACGCUGGGGAGGACGACAGCGAUGAUGAUGUUGAGGACAUCGAGGAGCUGGAGCGCCGCAUGUGGCGCGACCGCAUGAAGCUGAAGCGGCUCAGGGAGCUGCAGCAGAGCCGCGGCAAGGAUUCGAUAGCUGGCGGUGGGGGCCUGGCUGACGGCUCGUCCAAGCCAAGGCAGUCGCAGGAGCAGGCCCGACGCAAGAAGAUGUCUCGCGCGCAGGACGGCAUCCUCAAGUACAUGCUCAAGAUGAUGGAAGUGUGCCGCGCACAGGGGUUUGUGUAUGGGAUCAUUCCGGAGAAGGGCAAGCCGGUGAGCGGCGCCUCCGACAACCUCCGUGCGUGGUGGAAGGAGAAGGUCCGCUUCGACCGCAACGGCCCGGCCGCCAUCGCCAAGUAUCAGGCCGACAACGCAGUCCCUGGUGCCGAGAACGAGCUCACCUCGGGCGCUGCCAGCCCUCAUUCCUUGCAGGAGCUGCAGGACACUACGCUGGGCUCAUUGCUCUCAGCACUCAUGCAGCACUGCGACCCCCCACAGCGGCGCUACCCGCUGGAGAAGGGCGUUCCUCCACCAUGGUGGCCUACUGGCGACGAAGAGUGGUGGCCGGAACUUGGCAUCCCCAAGGACCAGGGCCCACCCCCAUACAAGAAGCCUCAUGACCUUAAGAAGGCCUGGAAGGUGAGCGUGCUCACCGCUGUCAUCAAGCACAUGUCACCAGACAUAGAGAAGAUCCGUCGCCUUGUUCGCCAGUCCAAGUGCCUCCAGGACAAGAUGACUGCCAAGGAGAUCUCAACCUGGCUGGCGGUCGUCAAGCAGGAAGAGGAGCUGUACCUGAAGCUGCACCCCGGCGCACUCCCACCAGCAUCUACUGGUGGCAUCGCCAGUGCCAUAUCCUUCAACACCAGCUCAAGCGAGUAUGAUGUGGACAUCAUUGAUGAGUGUAAGGGGGAUGAGGCCGGCAACCAGAAGACAGGAGUCACUGACCCAACCGCGUUCAACCUUGGUGCUGCUAUCCUAAGUGACAAGUUCCUUGUGCAGACGCCCAUGAAGGAGGAGACUGCGGACGUCGAGUUCAUCCAGAAGAGGAACGCCCCCGCUGCUGCUGAGCCAGAGCUAAUGCUAAACAACCGAGUGUACACCUGCAACAACGUCCAGUGCCCACACAGUGACUACAGCUAUGGAUUCCUUGACCGGAAUACCCGCAACAGCCACCAGUACACCUGUAAGUACAAUGAACCAAUCCCUCAGAGCACUGAGAACAAGCCGCCGCCAGCACCGCCACAGUCACAAGCCUUCCAGCCGGCCUUCAACCAACCCAAUCAGUCACUGAACAAUCUGGAUUUCAGCCUGCCCAUGGACGGGCAGAGGUCCAUCGCUGAGCUGAUGAACAUGUACGACAACAACUUCAUGACAAACAAGAACAUGAGCAGUGACAGCGUCACCAUCAUGGAGAGGCCUAAUGCGAUGCCCCAGAGGAUCCAGAUGGAUGAGGGUUUCUUUGGACAGGGCAAUGGAGUCUUCGACGAUGUCAAUAGCAUGAUGCAGCAACAACAGCAGGCACCAGUGCAGCAGCAGCAGCAGCAGCAGCAGCAGCAGUUCUUCAUCCGUGAUGACACGCCAUUUGUGAGCCAGAUGGGCGACAUCACCAGCACAUCGGAGUUCAGGUUCGGUUCUGGUUUCAACAUGUCUAGCACCGUUGAUUACCCAGGCGCGGCGCAGAAGAACGAUGGGACCAAUUGGUUCUACUGAAGAAUAAGCUUGUAGGUCUGAAAAACCUCGUUAUAAGCUUUGGAUUUCUCCAUGGUGCUCCAUGGUUCUCCUAAGUUGUCAAGUCUAUAGGUCUUUGUCAUAUAGGUUUUGCAGUAGCUGCAAGACGGCUGGAACUUGGAACUGGUUUAUACUUGUAUGUCCGUCCAGCCAUAAACCUCUUAUGGAAACUUAAUGUUAUUCCUAGUUUUAAUUGUUAGUUCCAAUGCUGUUCAUAUAUAUGGCUGUCAAAAUGCUUGUGCUUGUUUCUGUAUGUGAUGUUGUACUACCUGUUAUUUGGUGUCUGAAUGAAGUGUUGUCUUGAGUAAAUUCUGCUCGA